AUGGUGGCAAAUCCUGUGACCUACACAGAACGAAGAGAGGAUUUGCAGGUUAACCGGCUGGAAACCCAAAUAUGGAUAAAACCAGACAUAGAGAAGACAGAUGUGGACUUUUCAGAAAUUCUUAAUGCAAUACAAGAAAUAGCUAAGGAUGUCAACAUUUUUUUUGACGAGUUAGAAGGCGUGAACAGCCCUUCCAAAGAUGAUGACUCCCUGCUUCACCAUGGUAAUUUAACCAGUACUUCUGAUGAUGCCAGCAGGUUGGAAGUUGUGGGAGAGGAAGUACCUGAUAAGAACAAAGUUAAUGGACUAUAUUUUAGAGAUGGGAAAUGUCGGAUUGACUACAUCCUAGUAUACAGAAAAUCUAAUCCACAGACAGAAAAGAGGGAAGUGUUUGAGAGAAAUAUCAGAGCAGAAGGUCUUCAAAUGGAAAAAGAGUCAUCUCUAACAAACAGUGACAUCAUCUUUGUGAAGUUGCAUGCCCCUUGGGAGGUCCUGGGCAAAUACGCUGAACUAAUGAAUGUAAGAAUGCCUUUCAGGAGAAAAAUCUAUUACCUGCACCGCCGAUACAAGUUCAUGAAUAGGAUCGAGAAACAAAUAAGCAGGUUUCGAGGAUGGUUACCUAGAAAGCCAAUGAAACUGGACAAGGAGACACUGCCAGAUCUGGAGGAGAAUGACUGCUAUACCGCUCCAUUCAGCCAACAAAGGAUCCAUCACUUCAUCAUACACAACAAAGAUACUUUCUUCAAUAAUGCUACAAGAAGCAGAAUUGUACACCAUAUUUUACAAAGAGUGAAAUACGAAGAAGGGAAAAACAAAAUUGGUCUGAAUCGAUUGCUCAGUAAUGGCUCCUAUGAAGCUGCAUUUCCUCUUCAUGAGGGAAGUUACAGAAGUAAGAAUUCAAUAAGAACACACGGGGCAGAAAACCACAGACACCUGCUCUAUGAGUGCUGGGCUUCCUGGGGAGUGUGGUAUAAGUACCAACCACUGGACCUCGUGAGACGGUACUUUGGUGAGAAAAUUGGGCUGUACUUUGCCUGGUUAGGCUGGUACACGGGGAUGCUCUUCCCAGCUGCCUUCAUUGGAUUGUUUGUCUUUUUGUAUGGAGUCACCACUUUGAACCACUGCCAAGUCAGUAAAGAAGUCUGCCAAGCUACAGAUAUCAUAAUGUGUCCUAUAUGUGAUAAAUACUGUCCCUUCAUGAGAUUGUCAGACAGCUGCGUUUAUGCCAAGGUAACACACCUUUUUGACAACGGAGCUACCGUCUUUUUUGCUGUUUUCAUGGCAGUGUGGGCAACUGUUUUUCUGGAGUUUUGGAAAAGAAGGCGAGCAGUAAUUGCUUAUGACUGGGACUUGAUAGACUGGGAAGAAGAAGAGGAGGAAAUACGUCCGCAGUUUGAAGCCAAGUACUCCAAGAAAGAACGAAUGAACCCCAUAUCCGGGAAGCCAGAGCCUUAUCAAGCAUUUGCAGACAAAUGCAGCAGGCUCAUUGUUUCUGCAUCUGGAAUAUUUUUUAUGAUCUGUGUGGUGAUUGCUGCUGUUUUUGGCAUUGUUAUUUACCGUGUUGUGACUGUCAGCACUUUUGCUGCCUUUAAGUGGGCUUUAAUCAGGAAUAACUCUCAGGUUGCAACUACAGGGACUGCAGUGUGCAUCAACUUUUGCAUCAUCAUGCUACUGAAUGUGCUGUAUGAAAAAGUUGCUCUUUUCCUGACAAAUUUAGAGCAGCCUCGUACUGAAUCCGAGUGGGAGAACAGCUUCACUCUGAAAAUGUUUCUUUUUCAGUUUGUCAAUCUGAACAGCUCUACCUUUUAUAUAGCAUUCUUCCUUGGAAGAUUUACAGGACACCCUGGUGCCUACUUAAGGCUGAUAAACCGGUGGAGACUGGAAGAGUGCCACCCUAGUGGAUGCCUUAUUGAUCUCUGUAUGCAAAUGGGUAUUAUAAUGGUGCUAAAGCAGACCUGGAAUAAUUUCAUGGAAUUGGGCUACCCGCUGAUUCAAAACUGGUGGACCAGGAGAAAACUACGACAAGAGUAUGGCACACAGAGAAAAACAAGCUUCCCACAGUGGGAAAAGGACUACAAUCUGCAACCUAUGAAUGCUUAUGGACUCUUUGAUGAAUACCUAGAAAUGAUUCUUCAGUUUGGGUUCACAACCAUUUUUGUGGCAGCUUUUCCACUGGCACCACUUCUGGCCUUACUUAACAAUAUUAUUGAAAUUCGGCUUGAUGCAUACAAAUUUGUUACCCAGUGGAGAAGACCUUUAGCUUCAAGAGCCAAAGAUAUAGGAAUCUGGUACGGGAUCCUGGAAGGCAUUGGAAUUCUUUCUGUUAUCACAAAUGCAUUUGUUAUAGCUGUGACAUCAGAUUUCAUCCCUCGCCUUGUUUAUGCUUACAAAUACGGACCUUGUGCUGGCCAAGGAGAAGCUGGACAAAAGUGUAUGGUUGGCUAUGUUAAUGCCAGUUUAUCAGUAUUUCUGGUGUCUGACUUUGAAAACCGUUCAGAGCCAACAUCAAAUGGAAGUGAAUUCUCUGGUUCACCAUUAAAAUAUUGCAGGUACAGGGACUAUCGAGAUCCUCCUCACUCCCCGGUGCCCUAUGGUUACACGCUGCAGUUCUGGCACGUCUUAGCAGCACGGUUGGCUUUUAUUAUUGUAUUUGAGCACCUUGUCUUUUGCAUAAAGCACCUGAUUUCCUACUUAAUCCCAGAUCUCCCAAAAGAUCUGAGAGAUCGGAUGAGGAGAGAAAAGUACCUGAUUCAGGAAAUGAUGUAUGAAGCUGAAUUAGAACGUCUUCAGAAAGAGCGGAAGGAAAGGAAGAAGAACGGAAAAUCUUAUCACAAUGAGUGGCCAUGA